GUAGCAUUUGUUCUGGCGGCUCAUAUUUACAUUUUAAGUGCAUCUGGUGGGUGGGCGCUAGGGGAAAAAAAAAAAACCCUUUUCUUUAACAGGAAACAAAACAAAAUUAAUUAAAGCCUUUGAAUUCUUUCUUUCUUUUUGUUGCACUCUUCAUCCAAACCAGGCAGAGCAAAAGAAAAAGGGACGCUGGAGGAAAAUCUAGAAGAGGAGAGCUGGGAAAAUCCCUAACCUGAAUCAGAAAUAAACCGGCGGAGCUACACGGGCAAAAAAUAAAAAUUAAAACCUGCUGGAAAGAGUUGGAGAACGUCAAAGUUUUUUUUUCUUCUUCUUGAUUUGGAGCAACAACAAACCCAACUCCCCGAACAGCCGGCAAGAUGCCCCGGAGGAAGGCGGCGGCGGCGGGGCCCGUGUGGGAGGCCAGCUCCGGCAACGGGACGGCCCGCUCGGCCGGCAGGAAGCGGCCGGGCCCGGGGCCGAGGAAGCGGGGCCGGCCCGAGCGCGGGGCCGGCGGCGGCGGCGAGGGCGGCAGCAGCAGCGGCGGCGGCGGCGGCAGCAGCGAGGAGGACGGGCCCCGGGAGCUGCUGCUGGCGGCGGCCGAGCUGGACGGGGGCCCCGGCGGCAAGAGGGCGGCCAGGCCCGGGCCGGGCGGCGGCCGAGCCGGAGGCCAGGCCGUGAUCAUCAGCGAGCCCGAGCACAGCAAGGAGCGGAUCAAACUCGAAGGGUCCAAGUGCAAGGGGCAGCUUCUGAUAUUUGGAGCAACCAACUGGGACCUGAUUGGCCGUAAAGAAGUGCCGAAACAGCAAGUGGCUUACCGUAACCUGGGCCAGAACUUGUGGGGGCCUCACAGGUAUGGGUGUCUCUCAGGGAUUCAGGUACGGACUGUGGUUUCUGGACCAUGUGCAGCUCAUAGUCUGCUCAUCACCACAGAGGGGAAGCUCUGGAGCUGGGGUCGUAACGAGAAAGGGCAGCUGGGGCAUGGAGAUACCAAGCGUGUGGAGGCUCCAAAACUCAUUGAAGUUCUCAGCAACGAGGUGAUCGCAUCAGCAGCUUGUGGACGGAACCACACGCUCGCUCUGACGGAGAGUGGCUCUGUAUUUGCGUUUGGAGAGAACAAGAUGGGACAGCUAGGUCUCGGCAAUCAGACAGAUGCAGUUCCAAGUCCCACUCAGAUAAUGUACAACGGCCAACCUAUUACCAAAAUGGCCUGUGGGGCUGAAUUCAGCAUGAUCAUGGACUGCAAAGGAAACCUCUAUUCCUUUGGGUGCCCUGAGUAUGGACAGCUGGGACACAAUUCCGAUGGGAAGUUCAUCGCCCGUGCUCAGAGGAUAGAGUACGACUGUGAGCUGGUGCCCCGUCGCGUUGCCAUCUUCAUCGAAAAGACAAAAGAUGGGCAGAUCCUUCCUGUCCCUAACGUGGUCGUGCGAGAUGUGGCCUGCGGUGCUAACCACACGCUUGUUUUAGACUCCCAGAAGCGUGUGUUCUCCUGGGGCUUUGGUGGCUACGGCCGGCUGGGCCAUGCUGAGCAGAAGGACGAGAUGGUGCCACGGCUGGUCAAGCUCUUUGACUUCCCGGGCCGUGGGGCAGCUCAGAUCUACGCUGGCUACACCUGCUCCUUUGCUGUCAGCGAAACAGGUGGCCUGUUUUUCUGGGGAGCCACAAACACCUCCCGUGAGUCAACCAUGUACCCCAAAGCUGUGCAGGACCUCUGUGGCUGGAAAAUCCGCAGCUUGGCCUGUGGGAAGAGCAGUAUUAUAGUGGCUGCAGAUGAGAGCACAAUCAGCUGGGGCCCAUCUCCGACCUUCGGUGAACUGGGCUAUGGAGACCAUAAACCCAAGUCCUCUACUGCAGCCCAAGAGGUGAAAACCCUAGAUGGAAUUUAUCCAGAGCAGGUGGCGAUGGGCUACGCCCAUUCUUUGGUGAUAGCCAGGGACGAAAGCGAAGUGGAGAAAGAAAAACUAAAGAAGCUGCCUGAAUAUAACCCCCGCACCCUCUGAUAAGGCCAGGGCCCCGCGCCCCCCUGCCAUGGCAGCUGUCAUUUCCAAUGUGCACUGGGACCGAAAGAGAUUGCAGACCGGCAUUGAGACCUGACCGAAGCUUUUUGUUAGCCUUUCCGAGGUUCAAUUUUAUAAGCGAUUCACAGUUUUAACUACCUGUUACUGUAUCAUUUCCAAAGUGUUCAGUUCUUUUAAACGUUUGACAUUUACUCCUGGCUCACGAGUUCCUAUUCCGAUGAAAAUGGCAGGACCUUUUGGCAUAUAAACCCCACGUACUUUGGUGAGCAGUGGAACAGCUGCUGACGCAUAAGAAGGGCCACAUGGCGCUUGUUGCAUUGAAUUGAGGAGAGUCCCAGUUGCCACUAAGAGCUUGGGGGAAGAUUUGGAGAGGCACAAAUGGCCGUAAGCACCCAAUUCCCAUUGCCUUUCAAUGGAAGUUAAACCCCUAAUAGCCCUGUGUGCCUUUGAAAAUCUACCCUGAGUGUCUAUGGGGCCAUCUCUUUGGUGAACUGAGGCAGUCAACUGCUGAGAUCUCUCUCCAGAAUCAAAUUUACGUUUUCAUCUCUCUAGUUUUAAUGUGCUGGUCUCUGUUCUGUGUGAGGAGCGUCUGACAUAAGCCCCAAGGAGCGGGUAUCCAGCUGUGUAACCCCUUGGUAGAUUAAGCUGCGGGACUCUGGCUGCCACCUAUUUCAUGGCUGUUUCAUAAGCGUUGACCUUUUUGUGCGAUUUAAAUUGUUUCCAUUCUGAUUAAAAACCUCCAUCAAGACAAAAUCUAGGUCAACGCAUUCAAAUAGCACCUGGUGCCUUGGUAGAUGGGUACCCCAAAAUCUGACACACCUUGGGGCUCAUUUUUCAGCAGAGCACUCACAGCUCCAGUUGAAAACAGGAUCGGCAGGUGCUCACCCACGCUGAAAAAUGAAGCCCUAGGUAUGUCAAGUCAGGCAUCAAAACCUGUGGUCACUUAUGAAAAGGCUGUCACGAGUGGUGCUCCUGAGUGCUGAUUGUAAAUGAAGUUGAUUCGAAGUGAGGUUGAUUCCAAGGGUAAUUGUGUUUUGUGUGAGGUUUUCAUAGCAAUUUGCCUCGCUGAUGUUUUCUUUGAGAGUCUGAAGUCUUCAGAGAUGGGGCCUAAAUAAAAACCCAGGAUUCAAACACCGCUGAAUUUGUUGGGGAUGGGAGGGUUAGAUCAGAACUUUGCAGCCCAGGCCUCUCCCUUUGGUCGGUGAGACAUGAACCUUGAUCAAGUAAGUCUUAUUUGCCUGCUUAAUAUGUACUAUACAUAAGGAGGCCCACUGCAGUCAGUGGGGUGCUCUGAGCGCAUAGCUGAGCGUGUAUGUAAGUCUUUGGAGGAUCAGGGCCUCCGACAGUAGGGGGGUUAGAAUUAGUCAGAAAACAACCCCUCAACGCUGAAAUUUCAAUAAACGUCUUUUUCCCUAAAAACUUGCAGUUUUUUUUACCAGCUCUCUGCAGGCAUUCAUUAGGGGAUCCUUUGUCUUCCUCCCCUUGGAAAUUACUGCCUCCUGCUGACCCGUGAACCCUGUCUAUACAGUCACAUCCAGUUCCUCCAAACUGGGUGUUGGAGCAGGUGCUGGGCCAGACUCUGCUGAACCAAAUUGGUUUUGCUGGCGGAGAGAUGCAAAGAGCUCCCAGCCCUGGACGGUCUGGAGGUUUAUUAUUUUUCGAUUACGAUCAGAUACCCACCAAAAGUUUCUUCCAUUCCAAUACUCUGCACUGUCCUGGAGAAACAAAGGUGCCUUUUAACAGAGUGCUCUGCUCUGUCUCCACACAAAUGUGAGCAUGGCUUUUCCUUUCUCGUUACCCUAGCAAGCUGCACUGAUCUCUAGAGGCAACGUUUGCUAGCAUCCUGGUACACUGCAGUUCUGCAAAAAACUUUGUUUAUUGUGUUUAAAGUGAAAAAUUCCUUGAACGUAGAAAGCAGCUGGGUGGAGAAGUUCUUCAAUUGAGUCUUUGCUUUGCUAGUUUAAUAACGUUAGCCUUUCCCAUUUACAGUAUUGAGUAAAUCCAGUGGCCUCAAUCUUAACUGUCUUCCCCCCCUCCUCCAGCCAGGUAUCUAGGGCCCAUUUGAAAGCCCGAUAAAUUUAAUAGGCGUUUUUUCUAUUGACUUCUGUGAUUCCAUAGACUUUGGAUCAGGUGGAUUUCCAGAAAAGUGGGAUUUCCCUUGCGAUGUCAGACCACAGCAGUAGCCAGCUGCAGUGUCUGCACCUGGUUAAUUCUGCAUGGAGCAGCAUUGAGUGUUUAACGAAACUGAACUGAACUCCUGUUCAGCCAGGUGCCUACAUGUACAGUUGUUAUAAACCACCUUCAAGCAGUGCGGCUGCAAUUUUUCCAAAAUAUCUGACUAAUUUUCAGUGCCUGUGUUUAUGGGAGGCUAAUUUAGUCACCUGGAAUUUCUUUUGUUUUGUUUUUUCUCCCCAGAUGCACUAGGCACCCAGAGCUCCCAUUUGAAAUCAAUUGUUGUCAUAGGCACUCAGUGCUUCUGACAAUGGGCCCCCAAGUGUCUUAAAUGGAACACCCUAAAUUAGUCAGCCUGAAAGUAAGAGAGAUUUGUCCUGAGAAUUGAAAUCCAGGCCAGAGGUUCUGCUACAAUCAAACUCACCUGAGCCUUUUCACCCACAUCACCAAAACCUUUUCACCGAGCUACAGUUGCAGCCUGUGUGUCUCUUCUCGGUGUAAUGCCAAACUCCCGAACAAAAAUCUCCUUUCAGACUAUGUCCUUGGCUCGCUUACUAGCCCACUAACAGAUGCAGGACAUGAGCGGACAGAGGUUUGACUUGCCCGUGACCAGUUCCCAAGAUAUUGGUCUGCAGCACUGGAAAUCUCAGCUCUUACGGACCCUUUCUGGGGUUGGGAGUUUGCAUGCCAGAGGCCAGGUGCCGACUCUCCGUCUGACGUAGGAUUAAGCUGUUUCAGCUAUUUUAAAAAAAAAUUAAAGUAACCUUCGCCCAAAAAUUAUUCAAACCAAAAGGGGCUGAACCUCCCUAGGCAGACAGAGUCCUGCCUGUGGUAGUUAGAAAUUAAACAUUAUUCACGUUCCUCAUUAACUUCUCCCCCAGCUGCCUUCUUCGUGCUCUUACCUUGGGAGAGUGAAAGAGAGUCGGAGAAAAAGGAUCUUGGAGCAGUUUUUGGUUUAGACGAGAUGAAAGGUUCCUGGGUUAGUGCUGUAAUUGUAUUUUCAUGGGGUUUUUUUUAUAUUUCUUGGAGUAAAUGUUUAAAUAAACAACAUCAUUGUGUACA